CGCUCUGACGUGCCCUGGAACUUAACCUCCCGCGGAGACUAGUCUGCGGGACCCGGCCGGAUGCGGCCGGUACCCUGUGAGAGUCCUCAGGCUCGCUUCGGCGUCCAGCAGCCCCGGGCUGGGCGAAGAGGAAGCUGCUUCCACGAGGCCGCUGGGUCUUCGGUUUAAAUUAAUACUGGAUAUUUCUGUCUCCUUCUAAGCCAUAUUAAUCCAACAAGAUAUAAGGCGAUCAUGUGGCAUACGAUGCUUUUUGAGAGGUGAAUAUUAUUGAAUAAAAAUGGCUGACAGAAGUGGCAAGAUUGUUUCAGGACAAGUGUAUAUCGAAGUGGAAUAUGAUUAUGAAUAUGAAGCAAAGGACAGAAAGAUUGUGAUAAGACAAGGGGAAAGAUACAUAUUGGUGAAAAAGACGAACGAUGACUGGUGGCAAGUCAAACCAGAUGAGAAUUCUAAAGCAUUUUAUGUGCCAGCCCAAUAUGUUAAGGAAGUCACCCGCAAAGCUCUGAUGCCGCCUGUUAAACAGGCAGCUGGACUGCCAAAUAAUUCUAUGAAAGUGAUCCAGAGCCUGCAUCUUCAGAGAUCAACAGAAAAUGUGAACAAAUUGCCUGAGCUUUCAAGUUUUGGAAAGCCAUCAUUGUCUAUUCAAGGAACAGGUCUUAUUCGUGAUGCCAAUCAGAAUUUUGGAUCCAGUUAUGAUCCAAGUCAUACUGUCAACCUAAGCCUGGACCUCACCCACAAUAAUGGAAAGUUUAGCAGUGAUUCACAUUCACCUAAAGUUUCCAGUCAGAAUAGGACGCGCUUAUUUGGUCACUUUCCUGGUCCAGAGUUCUUGGACAUAGAGAAAACUAGCUUCUCCCAGGAACAGUCUUGCGAUUCAGCAGAAGUCUCAGAAAGGGCCCAUCAGGAUUCUGAGUCUGGUGAUGAACUUAGCAGCAGCUCCACGGAACAGAUAAGGGCAACGACACCUCCAAAUCAAGGACGUCCAGAUUCUCCUGUCUAUGCUAAUCUACAAGAGCUGAAAAUAUCCCAGUCUACUCUUCCCCCACUUCCUGGGAGCCCAGCAAUUCAAAUUAAUGGAGAAUGGGAAACUCAUAAAGAUACUUCGGGGCGUAGUUAUUACUAUAACAGAGGAACACAGGAAAGAACUUGGAAACCCCCUCGAUGGACUCGAGAUACAAGCAUUAGCAAAGAUUUCCAAAAUCCAGGAGAUCAAGAGUGGCUCAAGCAUGUUGAUGAUCAAGGUAGACAAUAUUACUACAGUGCUGAUGGAUCUAGGUCGGAAUGGGAGUUGCCAAAGUAUAAUGUUUCAUCUCAGCAACAAAGAGAAAUAAUUAAAAGUAGGAGCCUGGACAGGCGGCUACAAGAACCAAUAGUAUUGACAAAGUGGAGACAUAGCACCAUUGUGCUGGACACCAAUGACAAGGAAUCUCCACCUGCCUCAAAACCCUGCUUUCCUGAAAAUGAAUCUUCUCCCUCUUCACCAAAGCACCAAGAUACAGGUCAAGAGAAAUAUGGAUUAUUAAAUGUAACAAAAAUUACUGAAAAUGGAAAAAAGGUUCGAAAGAACUGGUUGUCUUCUUGGGCUGUGUUGCAGGGUUCAUCUUUACUCUUUACCAAAACUCAAGGAAGUAGCACAAGUUGGUUUGGGAGUAAUCAGUCCAAACCAGAGUUCACAGUGGACCUUAAGGGGGCAAUGAUUGAGAUGGCUUCCAAGGAUAAAUCCAGCAAAAAGAAUGUAUUUGAGCUGAAAACCCGUCAAGGAACAGAACUGCUAAUUCAGUCUGAUAAUGACACUGUUAUUAAUGAUUGGUUUAAAGUUCUUAGUACUACUAUCAAUAAUCAGACAGUAGAAACUGAUGAAGCAAUUGAAGAGGAAACACCAGAUUCACCAGGAAUAGAAAAACAAGAUAAAGAAAAAGACCAUAAGGAUCCUAGAAAACUUCGUUCCAUGAAAGUGUCUAGCAUCGAUUCUUCAGAACAGAAAAAAAACAAGAAAAACUUAAAGAAGUUUCUUACACGGCGCCCCACUUUGCAAGCUGUUCGUGAAAAAGGUUAUAUUAAAGAUCAGGUAUUUGGAGCCAAUCUUGCUAAUCUGUGUCAGAGAGAGAAUGACACAGUGCCAAAAUUUGUGAAAUUAUGCAUCGAAUAUGUUGAAGAAUAUGGUUUGGAUGUUGAUGGGAUAUACAGAGUAAGUGGCAACCUUGCAGUGAUUCAGAAACUGAGAUUUGCAGUCAAUCAUGAUGAGAAAUUGAACUUGAAUGAUAGUAAAUGGGAAGAUAUUCAUGUCAUCACUGGAGCACUCAAAAUGUUUUUUCGAGAAUUACCAGAACCACUUUUUACAUUUAAUCACUUUAAUGAUUUUGUGAAUGCAAUAAAACAAGAACCAAGACAGCGAGUCACUGCUGUUAAGGACCUAAUCAAACAGUUGCCAAAGCCAAAUCAAGAUACAAUGCAGAUCCUUUUUAGACAUCUCAAAAGAGUUAUAGAAAAUGGAGAAAAAAACCGAAUGACCUAUCAAAGUAUAGCAAUUGUUUUUGGUCCUACUUUGUUAAAGCCAGAGAAAGAGACUGGUAAUAUCGCAGUUCAUACUGUCUACCAAAACCAGAUUGUAGAAUUAAUUCUUCUGGAAAUAAAUUCCAUCUUCGGACGUUGAUUUCAUAUUGAAGACAACCUGUAGCAUAGGAACCGGAUUCCAUCAGAUUUUAAAUCCUUGUACAUGUUGUAUUUUGUUUUUGGACCAAGCAGUGACUCUUUGAUUUUGCACUUUUUUGAGGGAUCAGAAGGGACUGGAAGAGUCAAAAUGGGUAAUAGGCCCUCAUAUUUGCUGCUUUGUUGCAAGGUGAUAAAACUAUGUUUAAUUUUGUCCUGAAUGUUUGCAUUCCAUACUCUGAAUUUCAGUAAAAAUAAAAACUUGCAAAUCUAACCAGUCAUAUACACUGGAUAAUUUGGUAAGAAAACUACUUUUUUUUUUCUCAAACUGGAUAAUGUAGAACUUCUUCUCAUGAUUUGUUAGGUUUAUAGAACAAUACUUACUAUCAGUUAUUUGAAAAUCGUUCCUGGGCAUUUUAAACAAAGUGAAGUAUGUCUGUUUUGAUACCUGUGUAUUUCUUUUUCAAGGUUUUUGCAUGUAGUGUGGUCUAAGUGCUAAAAUUUAUUGUAACCCAGAUAUAAUUCCUUGACAGAGGCUUUGUCGUUUGCUGUAUUGCACAGCAUCCUUAUGGGAUAUCUUAGUUGCUUGUUUGGGCAGCACACUAAUACUACAUAAAACACUGUGAUAUACUUGAGUUUAAUUUAGCAUAUGUCAGUACAGGGUAUUUUGGGGCUGUCUGUGCUACACUGAUUUAGCUAACAAUCCUAAUUAUAUAUAGUGCCAUACUGAGUUCUUGGUAUGAUCCUGUGGAAACACAUUAUUUUAUGUAAAUAUAGGCUGAAGACUUAAUGUCCUUCAGCUUAUGUAUAAAGUUAUGUUGUAUAGCCUCAGAGUAUAUUCAAAGUCAACAUUUCUAAUCAUGAUAUUGGUAAACUUUUCUGUGAAUACUAGGUCUCCUCCCAAAAUAGGUUGUUAUUUGAUAAAAUUAACUACGCACUUUUAGUUUUUAAUUACAUUUACAGGCAAAUCACUGUAAUGCAAAUGGUACUGGAAAAAUACUGAGUAGACUUGCUAAAUGGUAAAUGCACUACAAGAGGAGCCUUUAGGUUAUUUAAUAUGUACAGAAUACAUUAGAAAACGAUUUAUUGCUGAAUUCUAACUUCAGUAUGAAUAGUGGAAACCUAUAUGUAAAUUAGAUGGAUGUCAGAAAAUGACAUUGCUAAAUUUGAGAAUUUCUUUUUACAUUACUAAUGUAGAUUGAUUUGUAUAAUAAAACAGGGUUUGGAAGGUUUUGUUACAGAGAGCAUGGUUUGUUGAAGAUUUUUUAAAAUGUAUUUUUUUAGAUUAACUGCUGUAUAUGAAAUGUCUAAUCUGAAUAAAGAAAACUAUAAGAGGUUUAGAAAUUUUUUCCCAUUAGAGAUGUUUAUUUUGUUUUUUUAAUUUUUUGUUUUUGCAUAUACUGGUAUACCUCAUUUAAAAAUCAACUGAAUCUAAUAUUUUCUGUGGCAAAUAUAUUUUCCUCAUUUUACAUCUUUUCUACUAGUCCCAUGCCAGUACCUCUUCUCUUGUCUCCAUUUUUUAUUUCUUCAUCAAAAUUUGAAAGUGAAUGAUUUGUAACCAAGUCUCUUUUGCUUAGAAAUUAAUUUAUAAUUUAUAGCUUGCCUUUCUUCGGAACAAAUAUUUUGUAUGAUCUAUCUAAAAACCUCUCACCUGAGUUUUGUGGUAAAACUAUUGUUUGCUGUUGUGGUCUUGUUAAAUUGAUGACAAGACAAGUUACUUGAUAGCUAUGGGAAAGCAAAUUGUUUUGGACAGGGAGAAUAAACCCCCAAGUGAGAAUGUUUAUUUUUGCCUAAAGAUAUCCUUAAUAAUACCACAUGAUUUAGGACUGGCCUAUAUAGUGAUUGUGUGCCAGGAAAACAAUCGGACUCCAAUCAGUGACGUUCUUUCUCUCACUCGUUAUGAACAUAUCAGUGAUUAAUAUUGUCCUGUGUUUCUUCUGUCAAAGUACGUGUGUAUGUGUGUAAAGUCUUAAGUGUUAAGUCUAUACCUAAUCAAUUUAUUGUAAUAUUGUAUGUACAGUAAGAUUAGUGUCCUAUGUUUUCAUCCUUUGUGAAUUAAAAUUUCUCACUUGUU